CAUCCAUUCAUGAUGGCUUUCUUUUGGCAACGUGCACUGCUUGUGAGCCUGGCUGCUGCCGUGUCGGUAUAUGCAGACAUGAAGCUGGACUGCGGCACCGAUUUUGUGACGCUGGUGUGGACGGAGGGCAGGUCCCGGGCUGAUACCUCGCUCUUCCGUCUGGGGAACUGCUUCCCCACCAGCUUCUCGGCCACAGAGGCUGUUUUCAGCGUGGACUUCGACGACUGUGACUUCAGGAGAAUUGUAACUGGGGAUCGCAUGAUGUUCACCAAUGAUCUGACCUACUCUUCUGACUCGACCCCUCUGUCCUUCUCUCACCCCGUUGUCUGUGCAUAUGAGAGGCCUGAAGACUGGUACCCGCGGCUUUAUGCCCCAAUUUUCAACACGUACGGCCUUGGAGAUCUAGAGUUCCACUUUGGCCUCAUGAAUGCUGACUUCUCCGGCCCCGCUGAAUCUACCUCCUUUCCUCUGGGCUCCUUUAUCCCGAUCAUGGCUAGCGUGGCGCAGGAGAGCCAUCAGCCCUUGCUGCUGUUUCUUCAGGAAUGCGUAGCAGCUACCACACCGGAGCUGCAGCCUGAAAGCACUUUGUACCCGAUAAUCGCCAAUGAGGGAUGUCUUGUGGACAGUCUGGUAUCGCGCUCCAAAUUCGAACCGAGGCAAAAAUCCUCUGAGCUCCACCUUUCCCUUCAAGCCUUUAGGUUUGGUCUCGGUGAAGAGGUGUUCAUCCACUGUAAACUUAUGGCUUGGGAUCCCAACAGUCUGGACAACACCAAGAAGGCCUGCCACUACGUCAAAGAGCAUGGCUGGGAGCAGUUGGACAACUCUGCAUCCCGCUAUCUCUGUGCCUGCUGUGAAUCUGACUGCAAGUCCAGGAGGGUCAGGAGUUUAGCAUCAGGGAAGCGUGGUAUGGCACAACAAGCUGUCCUUGGGCCACUGACCAUCACUGAUUGUCAGUUCCAGAGGGUUCCAGAUCAUUCAGUCAUGAUGACUCAUCUCUACCUCGGUGUGAUAAUCUUGGCUGUUUUCGCAACGCCCGUUGCCAACGCAGAUAUCAAAGUUGUCUGUGCAAAAGACUCCAUAAUCAUCUUAUGGAGGAUCAGCGAGGAGUUGGUGCCGCAUGCAGCCCGUCUCUUCCUCGGAACCUGCAUGCCCUCCGGUUUGAAUGUGCUGCCCACCGGAGAGGGGGAGGUCGUGUUCAACUACAAAUUAGCAGACUGCAAAUUUAAAAGACUGAUGAAAGGUAAAAAUAUCUUCUUUCAAAAUGAGCUGACUUACAGGCCACAGCCGAGGUCAAAACCGGCUGCCUUUCUGUAUCCCAUCGAGUGUGUUUAUAAAAGACCCGAAGGAUGGAUUCCAGCUUUCCUGAACCCUGCGUCGGGUAUUUCUGAAGGCCGAGGCAGUCUAGUGUUCCACAUGGCGCUGCUCAAUGAUGAACUGACAAGUGUAGCAAAGACAAAUGUUGUUCCCCUGGGCUCCUUUAUGCCAAUAUGGGCGGCAGUGGAGCAGAAGUCCCAUCAACCCUUGCUGCUGCUCAUAGAGGAAUGCGUGGCGAACGCUUCCCCAGAGCUGGAGCCUGGCAGCCAUGUUCACCCCAUCAUAACCAAUAAGGGAUGUCUUUCGGAUAGCAGGAAGGGAAACUCUAUGUUCCUCCCUCGCUACCAGUCGUCUGCAGUGACCCUUUACCUGCAGGCCUUCCAGUUAGGUUUUGGAGAGGAGGUGUACAUUCACUGUAAACUGGUUGCAUGGGAUCCUGAAGUUUUUGAUGAAGGAAAGAAAGCCUGCCAUUAUAAGAAGGAAAGCGAGAGUUGGGAACUACUCGAUGACCCCUCUAGGAGCGCCAUCUGUAGCUGCUGUGACUCAACCUGCAAGUCCCGCAACAAAAGAGGAGUUGACUGGGAAACCAAUGCUUUUAGUCACAAUUCUGUGUUGGGACCCCUGAUCAUAAUGGAUUCUUCUACCAACAGUGUCUCAGGAGGCCCAGUCUAAGCUGACGAAGACUCCACGAUGACCUCUGCCCCUGACUGAUGGAAACACUGGGACGUCAGCUUGACAUGAUCUCAACUUUUAACUGUUUGCAUAUUCAUUUGACUCUUCAAAUGUCUUAAACUCUCUAUCCAAAUAAACCAGAUGUGAACUCUUGCUGAGAAUCUA